AUGGCAGACGCAGCUGAAGCAUGCCAACGAGAAUACGACCUCUAUCCCGUCGCCGAAGUACAAGAGCUAGUAACCAGCCUAUACGGCGAGAUGAUCCCGUUUCUGGAGCAGAUCAUUAAGCUACAUGGCACCGCAAGAUCUCGAUUUUUUCGAGGGGACGGAGGCCGUCAUGAAAUACAGGAUAGUACCGUGAGGGUGAGAAAGAUCUCACAGAAGAUCAUCAGAGAAGUAGAAUAUCUGCAUAGGAGAGAAAUGCGGGAAGCGCAUCUGCGACUGCAGGACGUGGAGAGGAAGCAAAUCACAGUGCUGCAGGUUAUGGAAGCACAGCAGAAAAUCCUCAUCUCGCUGCAGGAGGAGCAGAAGAUCAUGGCGGUCAUCAGUGAUCAGCAGAAGAUUUUGCAGAUGCUGCAGCAGCUACAGAUGAGGUUUCCGCAGUCGACGAAGGAUUCUGGUGCUGAUGCUGUGGUAGUAUGA